AUGUCCGGUCCUCCGCCCCCCAAUGGUCCUCCGGACUACGAUCCUAAUCGACAACCAUAUCCACACUGGAACGGUCAGGGUCAAUCACCUGAGGAUCACCAACAUCAACCUCCAUAUCCGUACCCCCCGCCGGGCUCAUCUUAUCCUCCUUCCGACCAAGAUCGCGCCUAUUACCCUCCACCUCAGUAUCCCCCACCAGGAACCAUGGCGGCAAUUCACCCACAUGCUCAACCUCAAGACGCUUACCGUCUCCCUCCUCCCCGGGAGCUUAUCGUCCCGAUCCCUAUGGCCAACCGCCCGCGACGCAGGUCGUUCACUAUCAAGCCGCCGCACCGCGCCAGAGAACAGCCAUUGCCUGUCGGUACUGUCGCCGUCGCAAGCGAUGGUCGCUGUACCAACUGCAUUCGAUUCAACCAGGAGUGCAUGUUCACUCCCGUUUCCUCACAGGCUCAGGCCUUUGUCCCCGCGCAAGUCGCCUAUCCUCACCUCCGAAACCAACAGGCGGGCGGCCGCGGCAGCAACCCUGGAAUGACUCUCUACGGCGCCCACGGCCAGCCUCUUCCUCCCCAGCAGCAACCUGACUCGACCCUGCCGCCGCCUCAAGGGAUGUAUCAUCCAUAUGGACGACCUCCCAUGGACGGUGCCCCGCAACCCCUUGCGUCUUCCAUGCCGGAUCCGAGACAACCCGGCCGUCGAAGCUCUGGAUCGGGAUUCGACUAUCCGGACCCGACCAAUCUUGCCCCCGUUACGCCCGCCUCCGCUCCGGGAUACCAAGGUCACACCGCUCCUGGCCCCUACCACCCUACACCGCACGAUCGACGUACCUCGCCGCAAUCUAGCUACGGUUACGAUGCGCGCCACUCCUCCUCGCCUCAUAGCUCCCCUUAUCCCCCAAUGACACAGGGCGGCCCGACUCCACCUCCACCCCCCACUUCCACUCCCGGCGGCUCGGCACGGAGCGGCUUGAAUGUGCGGGACAUGCUCAAUCCCGGCAACAAUGAUCCUUCGCAGGGCCGCUCCACUACCGACAGCGAUAUGCUCAAUGCGUUGAAUCGCCGAGGCCCCCAGUAG